UCAUUAAAGUCUUUAAUAGUGUUUAAAAUGACUAAAUUGUUAUUCUUUCUUCUCUUUCAUGUUUGUAGAGGGACGAGGAGGAGCAAUUGCCAUUCACCUGGAAACUGUAACUUCUUCGAUGUAUUUUCAUCUAAACGAAGGUUCUCCUCUCUCUCAUAGUUUGUAAUAUUGCAGCAAGUUGUUUCUGUUAGUCAAUUCCGGUAUAUUUAGGCUGUUAAGUUGUGUAGGAGAGGAUGGGUAAGUGCCCUUGAUUGCGUUUAACAGAUGUGUUGGGUUUCUUGGAAUUCUACUCCACAUGUUCGACGAAAUUUCGCAACAAUAAAUUUUUGGGAGUUUGCUGUUUAUCACUUAGACACAGGAAGACUAUUAAUACAGCUUCACUUUCUAAUAGGGUUGAUAUUGACAACCGACCAAAUCAAAACCUUUGCUUAGUCUAACGUUUGACACUCUUUUCAAAUUUUAUAUACAUAUAUGUGUUUAUAUAUAUAUAUAUAUACCCUUUUUGUUAAAUAUUGAAUUGAUAGGCAAUGCUCUGGCCUACUGGAAAAAGAAAAAUCAUACUUGUUCUUUAUGUUAUUUAUAAAUUUGUAAAGCUUCUAUCGACUUGUCACAACUCUUAUCUCAUUGUGGACUUCUAAAUUAAAAAUGUUAGCAAAUCACAAUAUAAGAUUCGUUUCAAUGAAUAGCUGUAGAAACAAAUAUGGAUUCGCAAAAGUUAUUUUUGCAAACUUUUCUUCUAGUCCUCAGUUUCACAUUUUCUUCUUCCCUAGACACCAUAACUGUAAACCAACCAAUUGAAGAUGGGAACCUAUUAAUCUCUAAUGAAAAUAAGUUUGCUUUAGGAUUUUUUAGCCCCAGAAAUUCCAAGUAUAGAUAUCUUGGUAUCUGGUACCACAAUGUCCCACAGCAAACUGUUGUUUGGGUAGCAAAUAGGAAUCAUCCAAUCAAUGGUUCUUCAGGAAUUCUAUCAGUUGAUAAGCUUGGGAAUCUCAUUCUUUAUAGCAAUCAUAACCAGAAAGUUCCAGUAUGGUAUACAAGCGUCUCAGUUGAAGUGAGAGGAACUUGUGUAGCUCAGCUUCUAGAUUCAGGAAACUUGAUUUUGAUCCAAGUAAGUAGUAAAAAAGUUAUAUGGCAAAGCUUUGAUCAUCCAACAGACACUGUGCUACCAGGAAUGAAAUUGGGUGUGAAUCAAAAUACAGGUAUGUUCUGGUUUUUAACAUCUUGGAGAUCACCAGAAGACCCUGGAAUUGGAAACUUCUCAGUUAAGGUAAACACGAUAGGAACACCACAAUUCUUUCUUUACAGGGGUACAGUCUAUUAUUGGCGAACCACUAUGUGGCCAAUGACAUCUUAUGGAGAUGUGUGGACCUAUAGCGUUAUCAACAAUCAAGAUGAGAUUUACAUGGCUUACACUCUAACUGAUGCUUCUAUUAUCUUCAGAAUAGUAUUGGACUAUUCAGGAGUUAUCAAGAAACUAGUAUGGCACGAAAAGAUUGGAAAAUGGAAGGAAUUCUGGUCUGUACCUAGUUCUGUGUGUGAUAUAUAUGGACAUUGUGGUACCUAUGGAAUAUGUUAUCCUAAUUUUGUUGGAAAAUUUGAGUGUGAUUGUUUACCAGGGUAUGAACCCAACUCCCUGAGGGACUGGAAUAUUCUAAGAGAUGCAUCUGGUGGGUGUAUCAGGAAACAACAAGAUUCUUCCUCAAUAUGUGGCCAUAGGGAAGGAUUUAUCAAAGUGGCGCAUGUUAAACUACCUGAUACUUCAGCAGCAGUUUGGGAGGGCACGAAUAUGAGUCCUAUGGACUGUGAAAAAGAAUGCAGGAGGAAUUGUUCGUGUUCAGCGUAUGCGAGCAUAGAUAUUGCUGGGGAAGGGACUGGUUGCUUAAGAUGGUAUGGCGAAUUAAUGGACACUGUAAAUAAUAUGAAAGAUGGAUAUGAUAUUAAUGUUCGUGUAGGUGCACUUGAAUUAGAGAUUGCGCAAAAAUCAAGUGGUUUUCCAGAUGGCGAGGAUACAUUGGCUGUUUUAAUUGUUUUUGCUAUUUCAGCUUGGUUUAUCAUCAUUUUCUUUGCAUGUUUAUGGCUAAAGAAGAAGAAGAAGAUAAAAGGGGCGAGGAACCAAUGGAAUGAAAGAUUGCUUGAUGCAAUUGGUGAUGCAUGCUACAAGAAUACCUUGUUGAGAAAUGACGUUGAAGGUAGCAUGAAUCCUUCGGCCAUUGCAUUUUUUAAUCUCCAUACAAUGCUUGUUGCAACCAACAACUUUUCUCAAGCUAAUAAACUUGGAGAAGGUGGUUUUGGCUUGGUUUAUAAGGGAGAACUCUCUAAUGGACAAGAGAUCGCUGUAAAAAGGCUAUCCAAAAAUUCAGAUAAAGGAAUAGAAGAAUUUAAAACUGAGCUUAUGUUGAUUGCAAAGCUUCAACAUAAGAAUUUGGUGAAACUCCUAGGAUGUUGCAUUCAAGGAGAAGAAGUGAUGCUAGUUUAUGAAUACUUGCCAAACAAAAGUUUGGACUUGUUUCUUUUUGAUGCAACUAAAAGUGUUGUCCUAGAUUGGAGAAAACGCUUUGAUGUUAUUGUUGGAAUUGCUCGUGGGAUCUUAUACCUUCACCAAGAUUCCAGGCUGAGUAUUGUUCACAGAGACUUAAAAACUAGUAACAUUCUAUUGGAUGCGGAAAUGAAUCCAAAAAUUUCAGAUUUUGGCCUAGCUCGAAUAUUCAAAAGUGACCAAAUUCAGGAUAAGACAGAAAGAAUCGUUGGAACAUUUGGUUAUAUGUCACCAGAAUAUGUGGUAUUUGGAAAGUUUUCAGCAAAGUCUGACAUCUUUAGUUUUGGGAUCAUAUUAUUUGAGAUCAUUACAGGGAGGAAAAAUAAUAGCUAUUGCCAAGAGAGUUCUUCCCUAAGCAUGAUUGGACAUAUAUGGCAUUCAUGGAGAGAAAAUAGAGCAUUGGAGAUAGUGGAUUCCUCUAUAAGGGAGUCAUGUCCUUUUGAUAAAGUAUUGAGAUGCAUUCAAAUUGGACUCCUAUGUGUGCAAGAAAAUGUAACAGACAGACCAAUGAUGUCGACUAUCAUUUUAAUGUUGAAUUGUGAAAUUACUCUUCCUUCUCCAAAACAACCUGCAUUCAAUUUUAGGAAGUCAUGAAAAUUCUAGCUUCUUAGCAAUGAGAGGAAGUUUUUGUUCUGUUGAUGAUAAAACAAUUACUGAAGUUGUAGAUUGCUGAAUAUAUUCUCAUCAAUUAUGCAUCAACUUUUAGCAUGGAAAUGUUUAUUAUGAUAUACAAAUGGAUUUGUGCGAGUUCGUUUGGACUGA